GGUUGGUGGUGCGGAGGGGGAGUGUGACAGGUGGAGAGGAGCAUCAAGAUACUAACGGAGAAAAGAAAAAGAACGAAAAUCUGUUUAGAGAUAUGCAUUUGAACUUAAAAAGGUUGUGAUUGUUUAAAAGCAAAGAAAACCUUUUCGUAGGUGAGGCCCAGUGGAGCAAGUUUCUUCUGAACUGGUGGAAUGUUAACCAAAGAUGACCACAUGAAAAAAUUCUGGUUGAGGACCAUAAAGGAGGAAGAAGGUGAAACAUUGCAAGACUUUUAUGAAUUUCAUCAAUGGGCUUGAAAGAGUGGAGAAUGUGCUGGUUGUGAGAAGGUGGAGAUUAGAAGAAGGAGAGAGAACAGACAGAACAGUCCUAAGUCAAAGAAGAAGGUAAGCAAGGGAAAAAAAAGCAGAUUAAAGAUCAGGAUUAGGUGACCGGCUAUGUCCAUCUUUUCUAUUGCGCACACGCUCCAUUGAAAUAUCUCGAAGAAUCCUUCAUCUUCCCAAAGAAAGUUCAGAGAAAGUCCAACCACAUUAACGUUUGGUGAAUAAAAGAUGUUCAGCUUGAAACCUGAACGAUGAUGUCCAUCCAUCUCUAAAGCUUGUCCAAGGUCACCAUGCCUCGUCCAAACUCCUUAAUUUUCCUUUCGAACCAUCCUCGAUGGAAGUUGCCAAUAUCUUCAGUCUUGUUUUUCUUCAUAAUGAUUCUAUUACCAAGCACUAUCCGGACAACCACCUUUCGAAUUGGCUUAGUAGGGCCAUGGACAUGUGACCCACUAAUUGCCAAAGCACUGCCCAAUGUGGCAGCUCGGCUAGCAAUCUCUGACCUAAACUCUGAUCACACCCUUGCCUCUGGAAUCUGGUUUGAGCAUGUGCUGUUGUCUCAAGGAUGUUCAGCACCACGUGCAUUUGCGGCCUUUACACUCAUGGAGCAUUCAGUGUCUGCUUUUGUUGGACCUGCCAACCCUUCAUAUUGUUCUGCUGCAAACCUUCUUACAAAAGGAUGGAAUAAGCCAAUGGUUUCGUGGUCUUGUCUUGGAGCUCUUAGCCCGAUUCCACAUCCGGCCCACAUUCUGUAUGCCGUAUUAAGCUUUUUCCAGUGGGCGGGAGUGGCUAUAGUAAUGGGGCCACAGGAAUAUUGGGUUGGAGCUGGCAUGGAUCUAGCAGACGCUCUCCGUAACUGGGGCCUGCCUAUUGGACCGGUAGUAACCUUGGAGGAAGGGGAAAAAGGGGCAAGAGAUGCCCUGAAGAGAAUAAAAAGAAAACGAAGAGUGAGAGUGGUGAUAAUGUGCAUGCACUCCGUGUUGCUUGGUGGUGAGGACCAGCAAAUACUUCUAGAGACAGCCCAUGACCUUCGAAUGACAGAUGGCUCUGUGGUAUUCAUUCCUUACGACACCUUGCAGUACAGUCUUCCUUAUGACCGUCCCUUUUACACCUUUACAAACAAGACAAGGCUUCGUCGGGCCUAUGAUGCUGUGCUCACCAUCACCGUCACCUCUCAGCAUGGAAACUUCUACGAUUCAUUCCGAGAUGCAAAAUCCAAUGACGUGGUUCCAAGAGAUCUUGACCCAGUAGAGGUAUCUCCACUCUUUGCAACCAUCUACAACUCCAUCUACUUCAUGGGCAGAGUUAUUGAGAAGGUCUACAGAUCAGGACAAAAAGUGACCGUCGCUUCCGUAGAACAUCAUUCUCAGAACUUAGAGUUGGAUGGCUUUGGGUUCCCACUCUUAAUGGAUGAAGAUGGAGAUGCUCAGACGCCCUACGUAAUUCUGGAUACGGAUGGAGAAAGUAGGAUAUUGACCCCUGUGUACACUAUUAAUCCAGCUACGGGAGACCUUCAUUAUCUGAGGAAAAUCCACUACCCCUUCAACCACCACCCAGGAACUGAUUCUGACUGUUGGUUUGACCGAAGCUCAAUCUGCAUCGGAGGUGUGGACCCGGCCUUUGUGUUUCUGCUCUUCAUCCUCGUUGCAAGCUUCCUUAUUUCUGGAGGAUCACUCGCCUUCUACAUAAGGAGAAGGCUUCAGCAAGCAAAACUUAUGAGAGGUCCCAAUAAAAUUAUCCUAAACUUGGAGGACGUGGUAUUUAUCCACACACAGAGCAAAAAGAAAAUUACAGAUGGCAACAGCAUGUUAGGAAAAAGUGUUAGUGAAAUGAGGACUCCCCGUCAUUCCGUUUCUGGGAAGAGCAUUGGAGCAGCCACACCCUACACUACAAAUGUGGCCAUAUAUGAGACUCUCCAGUAUUACACCAUGACAGCAGCCACACCCCUCAGUACAAGUGUGGCCAUACUUCAGGGGGACUGGAUAUGGCUCAAAAGGUUUCCUGGUGAGAAGCACAGUGAUAUUCGGCCAACCACAAAGAAUGUAUUCUGCACGCUCCGUGAACUCCGCCACGAGAAUGUAAACCUGUACUUGGGUUUGUUCCAUGACAUGGGUGUCCUUGGAGUGGUGUCAGAACAUUGCUCUCGUGGAAGCCUUGAGGAUCUUAUUCAAAAUCAAGACAUGAAACUUGACUGGAUGUUUAAAUCCUCCCUGCUUCUAGAUCUCAUAAAGGGCUUGAAGUUCCUCCAUCACCGUGAAAUUGUUCAUGGGCAUCUGAAGUCCAGGAACUGUGUUGUAGAUGGCAGAUUUGUGUUGAAACUCACAGACUACGGAAUUAAUGACUUAUACAAUGCUCAAAGAAUUACAGCAGUAGAACCCCAACCUGAAGACUUGUAUUGGACAGCGCCUGAACUCCUGCGUGAGCCAAGUCACAGAGGAUCCUACAGAGGAGAUGUCUAUGGUUUGUCCAUUAUAAUGCAAGAGGUCAUCAUAAGAGGAGGUCCUUACUGCAUGCUGGAGCUUUCUGCAGACGAAAUAAUCAAAAAGGUUAGCCGCCCUCCCCCACUUUGCCGCCCCUCCGUCUCCUUGGACCAAGCUCCUCCAGACUGUAUCCAUUUAAUGAAGCAAUGUUGGAGUGAACAUCCAGACAGGAGACCCAACAUUGACCAGGUCUUUGACCAGUUUAAGACAAUAAACCGCGGGCGCAAAACAAACAUCAUCGAUUCAAUGCUUCGAAUGUUGGAGCAGUACUCUAGUAACUUGGAGGAUCUGAUCCGAGAGAGAACCGAAGAGUUGGAAGUGGAAAAGCAGAAAACCGACAAACUCUUGACUCAGAUGCUUCCACCGUCUGUAGCUGAAUCUCUGAAGACAGGUACUCCUGUGGAGCCAGAAUAUUUUGACCAAGUCACUAUUUACUUUAGUGACAUUGUGGGCUUCACAACCAUUUCUUCCCUCAGUGAACCCAUUGAGGUUGUUGAUCUUCUCAAUGAUCUCUACACCCUUUUUGAUGCUAUUAUUGGUUCCCAUGAUGUCUAUAAGGUGGAAACCAUUGGUGAUGCCUAUAUGGUUGCUUCUGGCCUGCCGAAAACAAAUGGUACUCGUCAUGCAGCUGAGAUUGCCAACAUGUCCCUGGAUAUCCUUAGCUCUGUGGGAUCUUUUAAAAUGAGGCACAUGCCUGAUGUGCCAGUCCGAAUACGCAUCGGGCUCCACUCUGGUCCAUGUGUAGCUGGAGUGGUUGGGCUCACAAUGCCGCGAUAUUGUCUCUUUGGAGACACUGUUAAUACCGCCUCACGUAUGGAAUCCACAGGACUUCCAUACCGAGUCCAUAUGAAUGUCAGCACGCUGAACAUCCUUCAAUCCUUGAACCAGGGAUAUCUGUUUGAAGUGAGGGGAAAAACCGAACUAAAGGGUAAAGGUGUGGAGGACACAUAUUGGUUGGUAGGAAAAGAAGGAUUCAACAAACCUUUACCAACACCGCCAGAUGUUCUACCAGGGGCCAGCAACCAUGGAAUCAGUCUUAAUGAGAUUCCUGAGAAGAGGAGAAUAAAGCUUGAGAAGGAGAGGGGCAUAGUCGAAAAGCAGAAAGCAGAAAGUUAAAUGAAUUACGACUAACAGAUGUCCACCAUGAUCCAUAUGGAAGCUUAGAGUUCUGCGGAGUCUUUUGGACACCUUUUGUGGAUUUCUUCUGGUAUUUUCUGCGGAAGCCUCCAGAUAUAUUUUCCUUGUCUCUGAUAUUUUAAAGACAUCUUUUAAUGCAAUGUGUAAAUCCAAAGAUGACUCUCAAGAUACAGAUAGUAAAUUAUGGUAGAAAAUACUGUAUCAUUUUUUUUUUUAUUAUUUCUUUCACCGUUCUGGUGACUAUCUGUUCAGUCCUUGAAGAAGCUUUCACCAGGCAAAACUGGUUGACCUGGAACAGACUUCUAACUUGUGUAUUGAGAAUUGUUUCUUAAGCAAGGUUUUAAGUCUAAAUAAUUCCCAAGUUGACCAAUGUAUUGAGUUCACAAAGAAGAUGGCAUAAUUUACUGUAGAUCAUGAAUUAUAAUGAAUAAUUUGGAUAAUGAAUGAAUAAAUCUGAUAAAUCUGAUAAUGAAUUGGACAAUUUAAGUUUGGAAAUUAUGAAACUGGAAUUUGUUGCUACUGGUGUCAAGUGUUGAAGACUUUGUAGAGGAAGGACACCAGUUUAAGAAGUGAAUAAAUCACUGGAGAAAACUAAAGGUCUUCACUUAGUGUCCAAAACGUCCAUCAAGAUGUGUUGAACUUCUCUUCUACAACCUCUGUCUUUGUGAGGAAACUUGAUGACCUGGAUCAGACUUUUCACCAGUUUGUUGAUUUUGCUCAGAUAAAGAUCGUUGUAAAUCUUGAUACCUCCCAGAUUGUUGAACUUGUAAAGCUUAUGAAGUAGGUGUCCAUUCCAUGUGAUUUUAAGAUGGAUGACCCUGAAAGUUCCUUCCAAAGCUGUCAGUUGUUGGAGACUUAGUAGAAGGUUGUUGAAUAAUGCUAGUAAUCCAGCUCCAAUAUCCACAAAGUCCACCAUUUUGUGUUGAACUUAAAUAUUACUCAUCAACUUUCACCAGUCAAUCAUUCUCUUUCAGUUUUCUUCAUCUUGAAGGGGUCUCCCCUUUUUCUGGACCAGCUAGCGGUUCUGAAGAUACAAGGUCAUUUUUUUAUGGUUGUACUGGGUGGACAUGUGUCUUUAUCAACCUAUGUAGCUAUUUAAUAUCUUCAUAUUUAGUUAUGAUCUGAACUCCUGAUAGAUAAACAAAGCUCCAGUUAAUUGAUGUAUUCAUUUAAAAAGAUAAUAAAUGUAUUUUUAAAUGCAACAAAUGUAACUACCUGAAUCUGUUACUUAGCUGUAUUUCUUAAAGUGACUCACUGCAAAAUACUUAGCCCUACUGCUCUCCAUGCUGUUGAUACGUGUUUUCAGGAGCACUGCUAGCUAAAACAUCUUCAGAAUCAAUCACACUUCUAGGUGUUGGAUACC